AUGCCACUGGUUGAUCCCGUGACGAUGUCGACGCCAUCAUCAAAGGCCGCUUCCGACGCGGGCAAGCCCAAAGAAGGGCUGCAUCCCGUUCACGCCCUGACGAGCCCUGCCGCGCAGGUCGUCCGACACGUCCAGCCCAUGCUUCUCUCUGGACUCUUCCUCGCGCAGUUCAGCUCAUUGGUAGCCGAUCCCGUGCCGGCCCUGUACAGCUCCCUCCCGAUUGUUGCUGCGAUCCAGGUCGUCUACGCCUUUGUCAGCCUGCCCGCCGCCGGCUCGCAAAGCGCGAGGCCCUCGAGGAAGCCUCGGCUGGGCGAGAAGAAGAAGGUCGAGAGCACGGGACCGAACCCCUUUAUCGCCAUAUUCCUAUCGCUUCUCCUUGCUGUCCUCGUCACGCCAGCCAUCCAUAUUGUCCUUGUUCUCUUCGGCGCGCCUUUCUUGACGCACGUCCCUCACACACUCCUCUGCUCCGCCAACGUCGCCCUCCUUUCGCUUUUCCCUCUCUUUUACGUCCACGGAGUCGAAGCAAGUACAUGGGUAGCUCUUGCCAGCGCGGCUGCGCCGUUGGACGAGGCAUACGGCGGCCUGGCGGGAGGUCUACUGGGCGCGUGGCUCGGCGCAGUCCCUAUUCCCUUGGACUGGGACCGCGAGUGGCAGAAGUGGCCCGUCACGAUUCUGUGCGGCCUUUACGCUGGCUACAUUUUGGGUAAGACGAUUGGUGGCACAUUGGCGUUUGGCAAAAAGAUGGCUGGCUCCGCGGAAGACGACGAAUAG